UGCAAAAAAGGAGAGGCAAUUAUAGCUCGCUGAUCGAACCAUUGCUGUAGCUAAGCGCUGCAAAAGAACACCUGCAAAGGCAUCUUCGCAGCGCCGCGGCUCAUACUCUGAAACGCAUUCAUGCGAGAGUGCAAUGGCUGACCCGGGUGGCCUCAAUCACUCACUUGCCAGGCUCAAGCUCUCGCUCGGCGGCAACGGCUUCGAGGACGCGUUGGCCGCGUUCGUGGCGAAGGCGCGCAAUGCAAACGAGCGGUGCGCGGAGCCGCCUCUUCUUAGCGAGUUGCCAGACGACGUGCUGAUCCAGCUCCUUGCCACCGCGCCGCCGGAAGCUAUUGCAGCGCUAGCAUGCGUUGCCAAGCGCUACGCGGAUGUGUGCGAGCGCGCGGGCUGGGCGUGCGCCGCGCGACGGUUCGGCCGCCGCACGAAUGCGCCCUUCGGCGGCGGCGGCGCGCACUGGACCGCCCUCGCCUGGGUACCACGCGACGCUACCCGCCGCCCGUUUGACGAAGACGCUUUCUCAUUUGGUCUGGGCGCGCUGCCACCACACGAUCUUGCCGAUGCGUUCUUCUGGGCAGAGUUUUUCCCCUGGCACGAUGCACCUGAUAACAGGUGGAAUGAAUGCCUGGCGCUGGAAGCGACGCUCUGCCAUGGGCGCGUCGUGCGCGAUCCUGACGGCGUCCUCGACGAUCGUGCGGUCGGGCCCGAAGUUGUUCUCACUGGCUCCCUAAGGGGUGAGCAGCGGGCUAGGCGUAUGGCCAAUGCAAGCGCCGUCCGUAUCAUGGGCGUGCUCCGGUCGCGCGUGGUCGUCCUCUACGCGUGGGACUCGCCAGAUUAUGGUCAUGAGAAGGCCGAGGGCGAGUGGCCCGAGAGCUGGGACGCCGAAGAUUGGGACGAAACCGUCGCGGCCGUCCAGAUCCAGACCCCAUAUCCCUGCAUUUGGGAUAACAAUGACCCCGAUCGGGUGAUCACUCUGCACGCGACGUACGGCAUGGACGUCUCCUCGCCCCACGCCCCGAAUGCUCUCUUCUCGAUCAGAGGGGAUUUCCCGGUUCCAGCAGAGCGCCGAGUUUACUCGGCGACAAGUUCUAUUGAUAGAGGAUAUCGCAAUCGCACCUUUUCUCUUAGCGGUGACCUGUCGAUCCGGCUCAAGGUCCCGAUGCAGGUGUGGGGCUACGUCCGAGCCUGGAGAAAUGUCUAAGAAUGUUGUUCAC